AAAAAUCAGUUUUAGAUCACUUGCAUGCCCCUGCCCUUUCCUCACACACAUCAUUUUACCAUUUGAGAACCUCUGAACUAUAGCCCAAAUUUCUGUAUGUGUAAACCACCCCAAUGGUACAAAAAGUAGGCUAAAUUAUAACAACCUUCCAAAUAAAGAAUGACUAGUCCACUUAGGUGAACUAUCGUUCAAACUGGCAGCAUUAGCCGUGGUUAUGUUUCUUUCGCAAAGAAACUGCGCAGCACCAACUCUCACCAACAUCAAUGAGCGGGACGAAUCCACUUACACGGGCGAGGAGCACAAUCGCUUUGUAUCUGACAGCAAAGACAAAGAACCAGAUGUCCUGUUUGCUGGAGACUCUCUUGUUCAGCUCAUGCACCAGUUUGGGAUAUGGAGGCAGCUGUUCUCUCCUCUCCAUUGCCUGAAUUUUGGGAUUGGAGGUGAUGGAACACAACAUGUGCUUUGGAGACUGAGUAAUGGCGAAUUGGAUAACAUCAGCCCAAAGGUUGUAGUGCUGUGGGUAGGCACCAACAAUCAUGGACACACUCCUGAACAGAUCUGUGGAGGCAUCAUGGCUAUUGUCCAAGUCAUCAAAAACAAGCUCCCCCAUGCUCACACGCUUGUACUUAGUAUUUUGCCAAGAGGAAAAUCACCAAACCCUCUGCGAGAGCGAAAUGCCAGGGUGAACGAACUGGUUCAAGAAGCUUUGUCAUCCCUCCCACAUGCCUCUUUCUUUGAUGUGGACCCAGGUUUCGUCCACACUGAUGGUAGCAUCUCCCACCAGGACAUGUACGACUACCUUCACCUGACCCCUCAGGGCUACCAGGCUGUGUGUGAACCCCUGCAUGCUCGCCUCAAAUCCAUGCUAGAGAAACCUGCUGAGAACUGAGCAAUAAAGGCACAAAUGUACACUACCACAGUGGUCCUCAUCCCUGUUUCCAGAGAGCAUCGCACUCAGCUUAUUAAGACCUUGAAGGACGGGCAGAAUCAAUUAUUAAGGGCAAAAAGCUGCACAAGCUACUAGUGUAAGUCCUCUCCAUAGCCAGAGCUGAUGACCACUGUUACAGGUAAUGAGAUAAACUGUUAAUGGGAUAAAGUUUUUGUGUUUAUGAUGCAGUCAUAAUUAAGUAUCCUCUGCUACAGAGAGACAAAGCCCUGCCUCAAUUCCCAGUAAGCAUCUGUUCCACUAGCUUUUGGAUCUAGAAGUGUUUUUCCAUAGAAGGUUCAUUUAUGCUGUCUAUGUAAAGAAAUUCAGGCGGCCCAACAGUUAUGAAUAAAGAUUUUAACAAGAUACAGCAACUUUUUAAUCUAGACGUAGAUGCAUGGUAGGUCAAAACACUAGUUGUUGCACCUUUUUAAAGUUUUAUUUAUAACUGCUGCCAAUCGCGUCACUUCAUUUGCAGUUCUCAUCAGUUCAUAAAGCCUGAUUUUCUUCAGAAUUCUGCUCUUCGGAAGAAACCCAUUAUGACAAAAACACUGCCUGACUGACGCUACUAGAACAGGAACUAGUCGGAAAACGGUGUGAGACACUGGCUUACCUGAAACUCCUGUAAUGUUUCAUUUUACUUUCUCAGUUCCACUAAGUUCUUUUUUUGGCAAUAGCUGUAUUUACUCUUGUGAUGUCUGGUGUCUUUUGUACAUGUUGAUUUGAGUGACCAAAUACUUUUGAUUGACCAGUACUGUCUAUAUCCUUUUUGUUAUGUCACAUUAUCUCAUUAUUGUCCUUUUUGCUUCACCUGUUGUAAUAGCAAAUGCUUUUGACAUGAGAGGCUGUUUUGUUGCAAACAUAAUGUGUUUGAGUAGGCUGUGAAGCUGCAUUGAUAAACCUAUAGUUGCUUAUGCUUCAAGUUCAAUCUCAUCUACAACACAAUGCACCAUCUACAGUAAAAGACUUGACUUCACACUGAAAUGCUUCUGAGCCUCUUAGGUAAGGAUUGUGCACAGACCUUGAAUUAUGCUUCAUGUUGGCUGCCUGUGAAAGUGAUGAAAGAAUGCAUUAAACAUCGAAACAAGA